GCGCCGCGCUCCCAUUGGCCGGGCGCUUUUUGGGGUGCCGCUGCCCCGCUCCCGGUGCCCCCAGUCGGGCGCCGCUUUCCCGGGAGCAGCUCCGGCCCUUGGCCGCGUCGCGGAGCCCGGGGCGCCAUGGCCGGAGCGCGGAGCGUGCCCCGGCUGCUGCCGCUGCUGGCGCUGAGCCUGCCCGCGCUCUGGGGGCUCCCAGCCGAGCACAGCAUCGUCCAGACCGAGUUCUACCAGAAGUCCCUCGGCGCGGCGCCCGACGCCGAGGAGUUCAUGUUCGACUUCGACGGCGACGAGAUCUUCCACGUGAAGGACGAGGAGACCUUCUGGAGGCUGCCCGAGUUCCAGCAGUUCGCCAGCUUCGAGGCGCAGGGCGCGCUGCAGAACAUCGCCAUCGACAAGCAGAACCUGGAGAGCUCCAUGAGGGCCUACAACCGAUCCCGCGUUCCCAGCGAGCCGCCGGAGGUGGCCGUGUUCCCCAAGCAGCCGGUGGAGCAGGACGAGCCCAACAUCCUGAUCUGCUCGGUCACCAAGUUCUGGCCGCCGGCGCUGGAGCUGCGCUGGCUGCGCAACGGGGCGCCGGUGACGCGCGGCGUCCUGGAGACGCCAUUUUACCCCGACCGCGACUUCACCUUCCGCAAGUUCUCCUACCUGCCCUUCGUGCCCGCGCCCGGCGACUACUACGACUGCCAGGUGGAGCACGAGGGGUUGGCCAAGCCCGCCAAGAUGCAUUGGGAACCCCAAAUCCUGGUGCCGCCGUCGGAGGCGACGGAGACGGCGAUCUGCGCCCUGGGGCUGGCCGUGGGCAUCGUGGGCAUCGCCGCGGGCACCGUCCUCAUCAUCCGCGGGAUGAAGCUCGGCCGCGCCCGCGCCGAGCCCCCAAAAUCCCCUGAAUUUGCCCCAAACUCCGCCCUGGGGCUGGCCGUGGGCAUCGUGGGCAUCGCCGCGGGCACCGUCCUCAUCAUCCGCGGGAUGAAGCUCGGCCGCGCCCGCGCCGAGCGCGGCGUGCUCUGA